UAUUUUAAAUAUAUUUUUUGAGAAUUUUUAUAUUAAAUUUUCGUUUAGAUAACAUUAAGAACACUUAAAAAUGCAAUAUUUGCAAAAUCAAUAUUCUUCUUUUCAUGUGAUGUUCAUAGUUUCGCUUUCGAGUUUGAAAACUCCCUCGCUUCCGGUGUGAAGUUUCAAAAACUUGAGAAAGUGCAAUAUUCAUUUAUUUUCUGUCGUCAUUUUUAGCAACGAUAUAUUAUUGUGUCCGCGUUUAGUGAAAAAGUAUUUAUUUUAUGUUCUUUCUGAUCGAUUAUUGUUGUGGGGAAGUAAGCGGUCAGGCUGCGUGAAUAGUGUGACUACGCAUCGUCAUAGGGGGAAGGUACUCGCCAACAAUAUCGAAUAUCUUCUGUCAAGUGUCCAUAUUUACAUAUAUAGGUGCAUAGCCUAGUAGUUAGAUACCACGUUUUCGCCAGCUGGUUGGUGGCCGGCUAGUCGUGUGCUUCUACGGUGCCAGCUUUGAAGAAGGAUCAACAAUUCAUCCCAUCUGCGAGCUCUCGUCCAGUGGGGCGCUACCAUUUUAUAUGACUUUAGCAAGAUAUACAGAGACAUCAGUACAGUGCGAGGAGAGUGGUCGGUUUGUCGCGGCGCGGGGUACCGGCUGUCGACGAGCGUGCAUGACGCUUCACACACCAAGCAAUACUGCUCGCAGAAGAUCAAAGUUUUGCAGUAACAGGCAUCGGAAGCUGUUGCCGCUGCGGCAGACGUGACUGGCGCGCUCCGCGGGUGCCCUGGGCCCGCCGCUCUAUGCCGCUCCCUUCGAGCUAGACCGCCGCCAGACCGCCAGACCCACCAGUGCACGAGCACGACACCUGAUUCAGUGUCAAAACAAAAUUCACCCUCUGGAAUAAUUAGUUAGGUUUAAUAAUUAAGUGAAGCUUCGCUCGACCAGCCGUCGCCAUGGGGUCCGUGAACGUGAACCGCAACGUGGCGGAUGCGUUCUACCGCUACAAGAUGCCGCGCAUCUGCGCCAAGGUGGAGGGCAAAGGCAACGGCAUCAAGACCGUCAUCGUCAACAUGCCCGAGGUGGCCAAGGCGCUCGGCCGACCCGCCACCUAUCCGACGAAAUACUUCGGGUGCGAGUUGGGCGCGCAGACGCAGUUUGACUUCAAGAACGAGCGCUUCAUCGUCAACGGAAGCCACGACUCGGCCAAGUUACAGGACCUGCUAGACGGGUUUAUCCGCAAGUUCGUGCUUUGCCCGGAAUGCGACAACCCGGAGACGGAUCUGAUCGUGUCGACGAAGCGCAACACGAUAUCGCAGGGCUGCAAGGCGUGCGGCUACCACGGCGUGCUGGACUUCAACCACAAGCUGAACACCUUCAUACUCAAGAACCCACCCGCCGCAGACCCGAGCAUGCAGGGUUCUUCGCUGACGGAGGGCAACCGUGGCAAACGCUCGAAACGCAGCGGGCCUGCAGCCAACGGGAACCAUGAUGGGGAAAACCAUGACGCCAAGAACGAAAGCGAUGUCCCGGUAACUCCAACCACUCCGAACCCGAAGAGCAGCAAGAAGGAGAAGAGCAAAGCGGCCGACGAUGAUGACGACGACGGCAACUGGACGGUGGACGUCAGUGAGGCGGCCGUCAGGGCCAGGAUGCAAGAUCUAACGGAGGGCGCAAAGAGCAUGACUCUGUCGGAGGACAGCGAGAAGAACGAGAAGCAACGUAUGGACAUCUUCUACUCGUUCUUAAAACAACGCGCUGAUGCGGGCGACGUGGAGGGCGCCAAGGCCAUCAACGACAUUCUGCACGAGGCCGACCGUCUGGAAGUGAAGGCGAGAGCGCUGCUGGUAGCAUUCGAAGUGCUCGUAGGCGCGAGCACACUAGCGGCCGACGUGAAGAAGCAUCGCGCUCUGCUGCUGCGCCUGGCGCGCGCCGACCCUAAGGCGCCUCGAGCGGCGCUGCACGCGCUCACUGCGCUCGCGGCCACCAAUGCUACUUUGCUGCCCAAAGUACCGGCCGCCUUGAAGUUACUGUACGACUAUGACAUCGUGGAAGAGAAGACCAUCCUCGAGUGGGCAGCCAAGCCGUCCCGCAAGUUCGCGUCCAAGGAGAUAGUCGCAGACGUGGUGCGGCGCGCGCAGCCCUUCAUCGACUGGCUGCAGCAGGCCGACGAAGAGGACUCCGACGAGGAGAGCGAGGAGGAUAUCGAGAUCGAGUACGAUGAUCGCGCUAAAGCCACGCCCAUCAAGGCGGUGUCGACUCCCGCGCCCAAGCCGCAGCCUGACGAAGAUGGGGAUAUUGACGUGGACAUCGACGCCAUAUAGACUCGACUCCCUCCCACUUCCCGUACCCCCAUCCCCACCACUACAUACACACACACAUACACACACACAAAUAUCAACAUACCCCGAAUACAUCCAGACAAAUCAUUUGUUUACGUCGUCAACAUGCGUCGUACAGUGUUUUAUAAAAACUCUUCUGAUAUGGAGUUUUCUUUGUCGAUGUGGAACGUUUUCGCAAUUUAUUCCUCCCUCUAAUUGCUCUGGGACUUCAAUAUUUUUAUCUCCUUCAUCAAAAACAUCCAUGCGAUUUUUAUAUGGCGUUCUAAAUAUUGGGCAUGGACCGAAAAUAUUUUAACGGGGUUCUUUUGAAUCAUGCAAUAUUCUGUUCCAAAUAUAGCACUAAAUUACGCUAAAUACGUACGCACGUACGUAAAGUACAGUACGUACGCAUUACGUACGUACGUUUACAUACAGUACGCACGCUACGUACGUGGCCGUACACUGCAAAUGUACGCCAAGUACAUUCGCCGAUGGCGUUGGAAAAAUGUGUACUAGGUUCUUAAAAAUCAUGACGAUUUCUUUCUCAGUUUUUUUUUAUAAAACACUGACGAUGUGCAACCCUGUUUCGUUCAUAAAAUUUUAUAAAUAAGUCCUCUUUGAAACCUAUUGAAAUGUUACCAAUAAGUUUAGCGUUAAUAUCGCCAAGCAAGUAUAAGAGCGACCACACACGAGCGGUGAAGCAGUCAUGACUGACUGCUGCAAAGCGAACUACAAUUUACCUUUUAUUAGCUUAGCAUUGGACAGCGUUCGAGCUAAGUUCGUAAGGCAUAUAGCUGAUGGUAUGGCAUUUAUCAUGAGUUUUUUAAAUUACAUGUAUGUAUAUCGAGAAAAUAAUUUUGUCCAUUUUAUGUUAUAGUGUUUUUUAACUGGGACAGUAUGGGGAAAUCCAAAACCAGAGGAGAGGAAAACUGUCUUAAUUCCUAAAACAUCAGAUCUUUUUUGUGAAAACAAUUUUUAUAUAGUCAAACUUUUGGCCAAGCAAUCAAAAGUAAACCAAACUGUCAAUUUUUUAAUGCUCAUCAACUCCGUUUCAUGUAAGGAGUCAGCAGAACUUGGUCAGAUUUAAGUAAAUAUUUUUUCCCUCCAACUUCAUAUUGCAAACUGUCGACCGCUUGAGCAGUCAGUUGGCGAGCUGCCCGUGUGCGGCCGCUCUAACAAGUGGACAACGGGCCCCAUGCGAUGCAUUUUUACUAUUAACAUUAUACUAUAGUAGUCGCUCUACAGUAAGGUAAAAUUAGACAUUUUUAAUCUCAAAAACUAACUCAGGGUGUGAAGGUUUUCAGUCUGAAAAGCUGUGAAGUGAGAAACAGCUUCUAAUAGAAGUUAAAAUAGCAAUGUGCACUACUAUUUUAAUUUAAUUUUUUUGUUUUUAAAAGGACAAUCAACAGGUUACCAUACUCUAAAACUGCACACUACUACUAUUUUUUGGGUUCAAAACAUUUUUACACCAUUUAACCAAAAAAAAGUAACAUUUCUUUUCAUUUUGUUUUUCUGUAAAAUUUUAAUUUUAAUACAUUUUCAGUUGCGAACUUGUAAAUAAAAAAAAAACUCUCAAGAUGCAAGGCGUCCGAAAGAGUUAAAUGUAAUUAUUAUGUACACACUUUUAGUUCAAAGUGUUCGCGAAUUGAUUGAUACAUUUUUUAACUUUCGCAGAAUAAAAAAAAACUUGCGACUUUUCAAUCUCCAGUCAUGUCUAACUGAGAAUAAAUUUGAUUUUUUGACAGUUUUUGUAAAUGGAUUUUAUCGUAGUUAAGGUUUAUUAAAAAGGGUUAAAGAAACUACGAAGCUGGUUCUCACUAUACUCGGGACGGAAUAAGUUAAACGGAUAUUUUAAAACUUUCAAUAGUGUCUACGUAAUUUUUCCUAUUAAGGCGAUAUACCUAUACUUUAUCCACGGAGAGAAGUUAGUAUAGCGCUCUCUCUGUUACGUAAUCCCAUACAAAUGACAAAGACAAACACAGUUGGCGUUAACCAUUUUUAGUCACGAAUCAAUCACAAACAAAACUAUGUUUUCUGUACUACUCUUUUAAAGAACCUGUAUUAUCAAAAAACGUUCUAAAUUCAAUUCGAAAACUUAGUUUCGUUUGUGAUUGGUUGGUGACUCAAAAUAGUUAACGCCCCCUGAGUUGUUUGUCUUUGUCAUUUGUAUGGGAUUUCGUAACAGAGUGAGCCCUAUACUAAUUUCUCUCCGUGGAUAGACUAUAAAUAUUGCUAGAUUUUAGCGGAAGUCUCAAAAAUUGCUGUGCAAACUAAUUUUUAAUAUAACAAUAAAAUAGAUGUAUCAUAGCCGUGUACCCAUAGUCUGUAGCGAUGUAUCAAUAUUUCGAUAUGCUUUGAAAAUGUUAAGGCGAAUACUCACUUAUUAUUGCGUACAAUUUUUCACUCUCAUGAAAUGUUGAAUCUACCAUACACCGGUUGGCAGUUUUCAUACAUAUUAUAUGUAAUAAUAAUUCAGCUUUACGUCUCUCAACGCGCAUGCUUCUUAAUUCAAUGACCUCUAUUAAUACACGCUGGACCUGCGAUUGCCACAAAGUUGAGCUUUUACAAAAAACUAUUAAGUAUAUGGCGUAUUGAAAACGAAGCUGAUUUAUCCAGAAUAUAAUUGUUUACACCUCAUAUUUUUGUUUUAAUUAAUAAUAAACAAUGCCUAUUAGUAUUUUGGAGUUAUGAUGAUGAUAUUCGAGAGAAAAAAAAAAUUGUAUGCCAUAACUUAGUGUUGUCAUUCGCCUUAAAAGCUAGGGUGACAAAACAUACCCAUUUUUUACCCCCUUACAAUAUGUUCCUAUAACUUACAUAGACAUUUAUUUCUAUAUUUUAAAAUCGAUUUCUUUAUAUAUUUUGGGAUGUAGUAUUGUAAAAUAUCGGAAUGACAUCAUGGAUACGUCACGUGAUCUCUAUUCGAAUUAGGUCAAAUACACACUUGCGACAUUGCCACGACGCGAUGUGCGCGUAAUCAAAAUCUAAUAUGAGGCUAUUUCUGCCAGUGUCAGUUUAAAAGUUGAACAAAUCGAUGUCGGAGUUAAGUUAAUCUGUUAAAGGCUGCAGCACCCAUUGGCCCAAUGCGUCCAACGAGUGCCGGCGAUAAGGAAGGUUUACACGUUGGUCGGCGCCAUCUCAGAUCGCUCCGACAAAUGUAUAAAACUUCCUUUGAUGGUAAUAUGAAAAUCCACAAAGUUAGCUAUUUGAAUUCGUGUUGGCCAAAAAAUUCGCUGAGUGAUCGCAUUUAACCUAUGUGUACAAUACUUUUAGGUUGGUUUUUGAGAAUGAAUUUUUGGGAGAGCGGACAAACAUGAUAUACGCUUUACAUACACGUGCGUAUUGAUACAUAAGCAUUUAAUGCGUGUUGUGUACAUAGUAUGCGUGCGCAGGUGUGGAUCCACUUUUACACUGGCGCCUCUGAAACACGACACAAGACAACACCUUAUUUAGCGUGACGUGUCGGGCCUGCGGUGUUGCAAGUGUGUGCAGGCCAUUAUUAAAUACUUCAGUCACAAAAUAGUGUGACUAUCUAUCUAUGGUACAUAUAUAAAUAACGCAAAACAUAGUUGGUUAAUUGGAGAAUUGUAAUUUUGUUUUAUCUUUUUUGAAAUAUUUUAAUAAAUAUUUAGUAUUUAAUAAUAAUAUUGUAAAUUGGCAAUAUACGUGCGCACGAAGUUGAAAAAAUGCUACAAAAUGAAAAAAAAUAUGGAAAGAAUCUGAGAUAUUUUUAAUUUCUUCACAUUUAUUAAAACAAACAUACAAUUUGACUUUAGCAAAUUUUUGAAUAGUGUAGCGCAUGAUCUGAUCACGCCUUGUCGGAUUUGCACAGAAUGAAGUAAUGAGCUUAUGACGUCAUCUUUCAUUAUUAUCUUUUAUUGCGGCGCGAAUCGCGAAGUGUAACGUCAAAAAACUCAAAAAAAAUUAAUAAAAAAUAAUACUUUAGAUGAAAUAUCGUAACAUUUUUUCAACUCAGUGCGUCAGUUCGUAUGUAACGUAGGUUAAUUUCUGAGCUAGAACGGAGACGCGUGUGGUUUUGUAUGAUAUGGUCGGUCAACGGACUCGCUCUAUUGAACACUAUUGAUGAAUAGACGGUUUUGAAAUUGCCAUCUGACAAUUUUAUUAGUUUUGUUUUGUAUUCAAUACAUUUGGAUUCU